AGAGAGAGAGAGAGAGAGGUCAGAAAUAUGGAAGUAGCUGAAGAGAUAGAGAUUGCCAUAGUUGGUGGUGGAAUCUGCGGCCUUGCAACUGCCCUUGCUCUUCAUAGGAAGGGUUUGAGGAGUGUGGUGUUGGAAAGAUCAGAAUCCCUGCGUGCCACCGGGGCAGGAAUCACCAUUCGAACAAAUGGUUGGCGAGCUUUGGAUGAACUUGGUGUGGCCUCAAAGCUCAGACAGACUGCCAUGCCGCUUCAAGGGGCUAGAGACAUAUGCCUCAAUAGUGGGAAGCAACGAGAAAUACCGCUUGGAGGUGGGGAAACAAGAUGCCUGAAACGGAUGGAUCUGAUCACAGCACUAGCAGAGAGCUUGCCACGUGGCACCAUACGCCUUGGAUGCCAAGCACUCUCUGUUAGGUUAGACUCAUCAACUUCCAGUCCAAGUCUUCAUCUCCAGAAUGGAAGCUCCAUCAAAGCCAAGGUUUUGAUUGGAUGUGAUGGAACCAACUCAGUCGUUGCGGAUUUUCUUGACCUAAAACCAUCAAAGCUCUUCUCAUUAUCGGAGGUUAGAGGUUUUACAAUGUAUCCAAGUGGUCAUAAUUUUGGGAACCAGUUUGUCCAAGUUAAGGGUGACAAGUGCACAGUUGGAAGAAUGCCCAUUCAUAAUAAAUUGGUUUAUUGGUUCGUCACUCAGAAAGUCAUGUAUGGUAGAGGAGGUAAAUUCUUGAUUCUUCUCUACAACACAAAAUCAAUUACAAUUGGGAUUCCUUCCACUCCAGCUUACUAUGAUUUUGGAAUAUGCAUCGCAUAUAGAGUGAAUAUAAUCUUUCAUAUUUCUAGGCAAAAUGGCCAAACUACAUAUUUUUGUUGUUGA